AUGUCUGCUCCUGGAUCUCUAGCCUGUUCUAAAAUACUCUAUCCUGAAACAGAACAAAGCCAAUUAGUUAAUGUCGAAGAUUUGGAAUUACCCAAAGGAGAAGAGACAAAUAUGUUGGAAAGUGUAAGCAAUGGGGCAGUAAUGGCAAUACAACUUGUUGUCGCAAUUAUAGCGAAUUUAAUUGUUUUUCUAGCAUUGCUAGCUUUACUAAAUUCGGUUUUGGGGUGGAUGGGAGAACUACUUUUUCUUGGCUAUCUAUUUUUCCCUCUUGCUUUUGUUAUGGGUGUUACAAAUCCAGGAGAAACAUUUAUUGUAGCACAAUUAAUGGGUACAAAGACUGCAUUAAAUGAAUUUGUGGCCUAUAAACAGCUUGGCCAGUUAGUCAAACAAGACAAACUUUCGCCUCGUUCUGCAAUGAUAGCGACCUAUGCUUUAUGUGGCUUUUCCAACUUCACGUCCAUUGGAAUCCAACUUGGGACCCUUGGGGGAAUGGCACCCUCCAGAAAAAGACUUUUAUCCCAAUUAGCAUUACGUUCCCUUCUGGCAGGCUGUAUUUCUUGUUUUUUAACUGCUUCUUUGGCUGGUGUAUUAAUCGACCAACCCAUCCUAUGCCGUCCUCAGAAUGAAAAGGAACAUUGUUUUGAUGUAAAUAAAUUUAUUUAA